CAGAUUCAAAUCCCCUUUUGUACCAACGCAGAAACCCUAAACAAAAGAACAAAGCUGAAGAGUGAUCGAUCAUGGAGGAGAAGAAGCAGAAGAGCAUCAACGAAAUACUCCCUGUAGAGCUGAUUCAGAGAAUCUUACUGAGGAUUCCGGUCAAACACCUCGGCCGCCUCAAGUGCGUUUCGAAGCUUUGGUACUCUCUCAUUUCCGAUCCACACUUUGCGGAAUCGCAUCUUCACCUCUCUCUCGCACCCACCCAUGGGUACCUCUUCAAAAAAGACUUCACGGAAGCAUUCCUUGUUCACCUAGAAGAAGUAUUUAAUGGCGACAAUUACGAAGUAAAAGAGGUAUCUUUCCCUUUCAAGAAACAGCCACCUUCUGAGUUUAGUAUCAGGGGGUCCUGCAGAGGGUUUGUUCUCUUAAGCCGAGAGCCACAUUUUUUUGUAGUAUGGAACCCACUCACCGGAUUCAGCAAAAAAAUAUCUUACUCUUGUAUGGUUCCUCGUAAUAUGGGAAGGUACUUUAAUUUUCUCGAUCAUGCGAUUCUGUAUGGAUUUGGUUACGAUGCGUCACGGGAUGACUACUUAGUUGUUGUAGCUUGGCAGAAUGGUGGCUGCCAACGCUUAGAUUGCUUGUCCUUGAGAACCAAUUCAUGGAUUAGUCUUGAUGCUGCACUCCCCAAACCAUUGUGUCUUACGGAGUGGCCAUCUCGUGGGUUGUUCUUCAAUGGCUCUAUUCAUUGGUUGUCUUACUCUCAUGUGAAAUAUUACUGUGAAGGUCUUCUUGUAUUUGAUUUGAAGGAAAGAAGUUUCUCAAAGAUAUAUUUGCCUGAACAACUCACAAUGCGUGGUCCUACCACAUUUGUCAUACUAGGCGGGUGCCUAGCCUUGUAUUUUCAUGACUAUGUUGAACGUAAAACACACAUAUGGGUGAUGAAAGAAUACAAAGUGCAGUCAUCUUGGACUUUGUAUGCGAUUCCUGGUUUAGAGUUUGAUCCUCUAUGCUUAUCCAAUGGUAGUGACAUUAUUGGAGUAGAUCCUUUCCGGGUAUCUAUUCGGGUUGGAUCAACAAAGCUUGUCAAAUAUAAUAUCAGAGAAGAGCUGCUCCAACAUUUUACAUGUCCCUCUCAUAUUCGGCACUAUUCUUACAACUAUUGUUACACUGUAUAUACAGAGUCUCUUGCUGCUCCCUAGUGAUAGUAAGCAUAAGAAUAAGAAGAACAAUAAUGUUAUUUAACUAUUCUGCUAUGCUUUGCACCACAUUAUUCCUGCUAGUUUUUAUUACUUUGUGAUUAAUGUAAAAGUACUGAGCAAGAUGCAUUGUGCAUCAAGUUGCAUUCAGAUAUGAGUUUGGACUACCCUUGAUGAAACUUGACAUAUCAAAUGCUUGGGGGAUUAUUA